CCUAAUUCAAGUCGAAACUUUCCUCAAGUCCCUAAUGCCCCGUUACAGAUUCUUGUUAGUAAACUUAACAUCCAGCUUUCCUUCUUUUCGAAACUAAGGUUUAGUCAAAGUAGAGGGUAUUACAAGGGUGUGUCCUUAAAGGAUAUCAAAUUAAUGUUAAAUAUAUGCCUCUGUGUUGUACUUCUUCGACAUAAAUAUUUAAAUAGAGCUAGUUUUGUUUUAAUGUUAAGUCUAGCUUUGGCUGAUGUUCUUCAUGGUUUAGUAACUACUUGCUUCUUUUACCCUCCAAUUCUUUUGCUUGGUGUUAAAUUAUUUAAUAUACUUGAUUGGACUGCUUGGAGUAUAACACUUACACAUAUGUCUGCAAUCUGUUUAGACAGAUUACUUGCUAUUAUGAUGUAUAGUCGUUAUAAUCAAUUUAUUACUGUUGAUAGAGCUCGAAAAUUCACUAUAUUUUGUUGGACUGCCUUUUUUGCUUUAAACAUUUCUUAUAUUCUUGCCCAAUUUUGUUGUUUAAUUACUCCUCUACGCGAAAUUCAUUUUUAUACUUUUGGUUAUGGAGAAUUUGAAUCUGAAGCCAAAUUAAGAGAAUCCCCAUUUGGAGGUGCCAAUCUAUUUAAAUUAACAUAUACACCUAUAGAACUAUUUACUUUAACUAUUUUAUCUAUUUCAAAUCCAAUAACACUUAUACAAUUAUAUAGAAGACAUAAAAGGAAAAUGGCCCUUAGAAUGGCAAGUACAAUGCUUCUUGAAGUCUCUAUGAGAAUGGGUUCAAAACAUAUAAAUAACAAUGAAGUACAUCAUGUUGCUUCAAGACGUGCCAAUCGUCAACAACAAAGAAUUCUUUUACAGGCAAAAUUUUUUCCUUUAAAAUAA